UCUGAUUUUGGAUCCAUGGACUUCAAGCCCAGUUGCAAUUCGCCAGACUCCAACGCCAUUCCCAACUCCCCCGAUGUAGAUCCGGCAUUGGGCGAAACAGGUGGCAGUGAGGGACUUCAGAGGAUUGAUGGGGAAUCACAACUGGACUGGGAUUCGAUUAUAGUUUCUGAUGUAUUGGAUGAUGAAGACAGAGUACAAGUACCAUGCGAAAAUGAGAUAUAUUUUAAUCUUGGACUCAAUAAAGAGGAUGAGGCUGCGAAUAAUAGGUUUUCUGGCAGUGGUACAAAUUGUCAUGCACAAGGAAGUUUGGAUACGGACAACGAAGACCACCAUGCUGAUCAGCCUUGUCAAGACUACAUUCCAGAUGAAAAGAGGGUGGUGUACAAUAGGAUGAAUCCUUCUAUGCAGCCAGGUUGUUUGUUUCCUAACAUGAAAGAAUUUAGGAUUGCUAUGCGACAGUAUGCAAUAAAACAUGAGUUCGAGCUUGGAAUUGAAGUUACUUCGACAACUAGAUACGUUGGAUACUGUAAGGGUGGUGAUUGCCCUUAGAGGAUCUAUGCACGCGAAGAGAAGAAAGGAUUGCCUACUAUUGUGGUAGCUGUACUAGAUGAUGUUCACACUUGCACAUCUAGUGGAAGGAGGAGGACUACUAUGCCAACUUGUGGUUGGGUCGCAUUCCACGCUAAACCCUUGCUCAUGAAGAAACCACAAAUGGGUGCUAAAGAGUUACAACAAACACUACGGACAACUCAUAAUGUCACUAUUGGGUAUGAUACAGUUUGGAAGGGGAAAGAGAAGGCUUUGAGAGAGUUGUAUGGAUCUUGGGAGGAAAGCUUCCAGCUCUUGUACUCUUGGAAGGAGGCUGUAAUUGCAGUCAUGCCCGAUAGUGUGAUUGAGAUUGAUGUUAUUUUGGAAGAUGGGAAGUACUAUUUUAGUCGAUUCUUUUGUGCCUUUGGUCCAUGCAUAUCUGGGUUCCGAGAUGGGUGCAGACCUUAUCUUAGUGUGGACUCGACAGCAUUGAACGGUAGAUGGAACGGACAUCUUGCAUCUGCUACUGGUGUAGAUGGCCACAAUUGGAUGUACCCAGUAUGUUUUGGCUUUUUCCAAGCUGAGACGG